UUUAUCCUUCUUCACUUCCUACCCCAGCUGGCUGUGCGAAUCACACUCGAUGACGCGCGAAAUCCCACAAAAUUAUACGUGUAUAUAUUAGUAAUAGAUACACAUAGGUAUAAUGUAUGUAAUAAUAUUUUAUAUUUAGCAGCAGCCAUGCCGUAGAAUAUUAUUGUGAUGAUACACCAGAGAUAACGGCAAUAAAUAAUAAGGCAAAAUGCGAACGUCGAGUGAUACGUUUACGACGUACAUACAUGACGACAAAAGAACUGUUCUGCCAGUCGAGUGUACGACAACACGAUAUUUAUUAAAUUCAAUCCUCUCAUAUUGACGUAUCGGUUGCUUAAUGUUUAUGUAUUAUAAUUGUAUAAUUAAUAUUAAUAAUAAUAGUUUUGUUAUUCGUAUUGUUAUAAUAUUGUUUUCAUAUUGUUAAUACUGGUAGCUAAUAUAGCGGUUCUCCGAAGCCAUAUUAUUUAUACCUAUAUAUAUAUAUUUUUUUGUAAAUAAUUGCAUUCGUUUAUGAGCAAUUUAACUUAAAUAUAACCGAUUCGUGUUAUUUCCGACGUUAUUGUGUUUUUGUUUUUUUUUUUAUUGUUACCAGCCACACCUACCUAGUCGUUCUGUUGUGUCUUUUAAUAACUAUUGUGAUAAAAUUUGUAAGACUUACCACCGUGUGUCCUCGAAUCUUAUUACAUUAUUUUUAAACGGCUUUAGUUAACACUUGACAGCAGUGGAGUGUACCGCGAGCCACUAUUAGGGUAUGAAAGCAAUUUUUAUUGUUGUGACAUUACAUUUUUGGCUCGCUGUGACCAUUUUUUUUGUAAAUUGUUUAAACCGUCAAUUCAACAUUAAAACAUCAAGUAAAUAUGGUGUACAUGGGCAACAAUGUGGUGGACAGAGGACAUCAUCAUCGUCGCCACCACAAACAUCAUCAUCAUCAUCACCAUCAUUUAAAUGGUCGUAGUUACUAUUGGAAUGACAACGAAGUCACUGGUGAUGAAAUUGGAGCUGUCGACCCGUCGUUAUUCCUGUUAAACACUAAGCCUGUACUGUUUUCGGCUAGCACUCCUCCAAAAAGUUUACCAUCGGUGCUAGUCGACGCUUCACAACUGGUUACUGCUGAUCUGUUGUUAUCUGCUUCGUUAGAUGAUAAUUAUGUCAAUGAAACGUUAAUUACAGAAAAAACGAUACCUUAUGAAAAAACGUGCGGCAAUAAAAAAGAAAUAGUAAAGGAUAAUCUCAUUCCGAUAAUAUCGAAAGCGAUUAGACUUUCCAACUCGUGUUGCUCAACUAUGAAAAAUCACGAUGAACUUGGAGGACUAUUUUACUUGAAGCCACUUGGAAAUCAGGUAGGUGGGCACACUCAAUUGAUGGUGCUAUCCAGUAAAAAAAAUAAUAGUUGCGAACCAGUUUUGCCAGAUUUUGACCUAGAUGUUUGGCAAAUGAUAGUUUGUAAACCUUUGAACACAGCCGAAUUAAGAUUUUACCUCAAGUUAAAAGAACAGACCAGAAUAAAUGAGUCCAUUAGAAGAAUGUCUGCAACAAACAUGUAUGAUAACACAAAGUCUCGUAAAAUCCAUACCUUGUCUGAGUUCGUACCACAGUUUGAGGGCGUAAUGGUUUUACAUAAAGACAGUAUGGACACUCAGUCAUCGGCUAUUAGUAAUAAUGACCAUACAUUAACGGCAGAAAUGCUGUACUGUCGCUUUUGUUCAGAAGAUAAAAGUACUGGACCCGAAGAACUCAAUUCUGAAGAUGUUUUUAAUUUUCCUGACUCUUCUACAUCGCCGAAUAAGCAAUUAUUUUUGCUUUUGGAAAACUUGACUAGCAAACGUAGGUAUAAAUUACCUUGUGUUUUGGACUUGAAAAUGGGUAUACGUCAAUAUAGUGAAUGCGCAACUAUGCAGAAACGUUUAAGACAAACGCUUAAAUGUCGUAUGACUACCUCGGCUGCUUUGGGCGUUCGUUUGUGUGGAAUGCAGAUUGCAAGUGGGACAAACAAUAUAUACCAAGAGUCUAGUGAUACUGUUUCUAGUAAUUAUAACUCGUACUCGUUAAUGAAACGUGAUAAAUAUUGGGGACGACAAUUGGACGUUAAGGGAUUCGAACGAGCCCUUAGGUUGUUUUUUUGCAAAAAGUCAGUUGCCCACGGAAACAAAGAAACCGAAUUGGAAGAAAAUGAAUUUCCAGAAUCGUUUGAUUCUUAUAGACUGGAUGUCGUUAAAGGUGUUUUACGACGACUUCGUAAUCUACGUACCGCUAUUAUAGAAAACACUGCUAUCAAUUCCAAUCAGACUACCUCACAAGCUUUGCGUUUUUAUUCAUGUUCUCUUUUAAUCGUUUACGAAGGAGCGCCAUUGUAUUCGGAUUCCAUCAAUGAAUUUCAACAGCGUAAAAAAAAUCAUUCUCAAGUGCAAAGUAAUUGCAUCGAUACGCCAAAAUUUCAUAUUAAUAAACAGACACGUGCUCAUAAACAAAACUAUUGCUCCGACUUGGAUGGUUCACCCGAUGGACACAGUGGAAGCGUAGAAAGUAGUAAUGACAAAACUUGUACCGCAGCGUGUGCCACAAAUAGUUAUUACGACAAUAAUAGUUUACUAGAAAAAAAUCGCCGCAUGUGUUCGUCGUCAUCGUGUUACUGUUCUCCGGCUCCUAGUUACACACAAAACAGUUACAUGUGGUCUGACGAUUCUGAUUCCGAUGAAGAUAACUAUUCCAGCUACGGCUCUUCGUCGUCCGAAGAUUCUGACAGUGACGACGAUAUUUCAUCUUCCAUCAAUACUCCGUACGAUGUUCGUAUAAUUGACUUUGCUAACGCUUCAUUUCUUUCUGGACAAAACGAAAACGUUGAGUGUACGUGUUAUAAUGACGAAAAACAUUCUGACAAACGUUUUGGCUUGUCUCAAAAGACAAACGUCCCCAAUUCCUGUAGUCCGGAUACUGGAUUUCUACAGGGAUUACGUACAGUUUGUCGCAUUCUUAAACAAAUAUUAAGAGAUUCUACAGAAAAAAAUAACCAAUGACCUAACGUUGAAUUUAAUUGUUGUUAAAAUUCUAUUCAACUGUGUUUAAAACGAAAUUUUACAAGAAGUGUUUACCAGGUUAGCUCUUUAUAAAUAAAAUGUUUUAAUGCUUGUGACAAUAAAAUUAUUAAUUAGAUUUUUAUGGAUUAUAUAAUUUUUAAUAUGUUAAAUGAUUAUUUUUUAUUAUUAUUAUUAUUAUUUUAAACUUGGAAGGAUUUACUAUUAAAUUUAUGUAUCUUAAAUUGACACAUUAUUACUUUAUGUUCCUUCGGCUUAAAUCAAACCAUUAUUGUAGUAAAUAAAGGUAGUCAAGGGGAGGAUUUAGCCCAUUUUAUACUUUGUGGUUAAAGUAGUGGUUAGUUAAAAAGUAUCACUUACGAGGCAAACUUAAUAUUAUAGUUUUACCAACCGUCCUACUCUACUUGAUAGUCCAUAUAUUUUCUACAUAUCAUAGUUUUAUGUAUUUUUAUUAAUGAAAUCAAAGGGCUUCCAAAAGAUUGAUCUAAAGUAAGGUUGUUAAUUGAGCUAAAAGAAAAAAAUAUUGUUUUAUUAAAACUAGGCAAAAAGGGAUAGUUAGUUUUAAAUCAAUUUUGUUACCCCUACAUGUCUCAGAUAGGAUUUUAUUUUUUUUGUUAUCAAGAUAGCAAAAUCACUAAGCGCUAAUUAAAAUAUUACCUUUUAUUAAUGAUUAUUUGUUAUAACCCGAUCAAACUGUUAUUUACAAAGUCAUUGUUUUAAUACGUUAUUAAUUAUUUAAAGCAAAUUAUUAGAUUUCUAUCAAAUUAUUAUGUGUUGGAAUAUUUUAAUAUUUAUAACUCAUCAAAAUUAAUUUUUCAAAUUAAAAUAUUAUUUUAAAUACAUUUUUAAGAAAAAAUUAUAUUUUUAAUUGUUUAAGAUAAAGAAAGUGAUUUUAGUUAAAUAAAAAAUGUGUUUAUUAUUUGUCAUGAAAUAAUGUGUUUCAAAGUUAUUUAUUAUUUGUUUAAAAUUUCACUAACCACCAAUGUGAUGUUAGCCAAACACCUAAACGUAUGGUGUAUAUAUUUUUUUACUAUAAAUAUUGUACAACUUACAGUUUACAGAAUUUAUUUUAAUAGUUUCAAUUAUUUGUAUUUCAAUUGUACAAUUAUAAAAUCUGCUACUACAAUUUUAAAACAUGAUUUUAUAAAAAAUGAUGUUAGUGUUUCACCUUGUUAUCGGUUAAGAUAAAGUCUUUGAUGUCAAUU